AUGACAGCUGUACCACUUGCUGUGGCCCAAUGUUUGGACCAGUCUGUGGAAAUAAAGCUGGACGAUAAGGCCAAGCUUACUUUUGACGAAUUGCUAGCUCUGGGCCCACAAAAAGAAAACGGCACAGUCUACGAUCUGUCCCUGGAAGAAGACGGCUUGGACGAACGCUUUCCCGGUGCUCACCAAUGGAUCGAACAGCUCGCUGAUUUAUGGCUGGAAAACAAGCGACCAAUCACUAUUGCUGAGCUUGAGACAAUCUACGGCAAGCGCCUUCUUCCUCGUUUAAGCAAUAUUUUCCAAGAAGAGGCGAAAUUAAUCAAUGCUAUCGAGGAUAAACGUCGCAUAGAAUUCGUCUUACUCUAUGGGCAAUCUUUGAAGAUGACAGUAUGCCUACAUGUGAGGUACACACAGCUUCAAUCGAGGAAGUCUUCAGCUUCGUCAAUGACUGCCGCUCCGAUUUACCUUAUGUGA